AUGAUGUCCAAAGGCUACAUAUGCCAUUUAGUAAGAGUAAGAAAUAUAGAUGCAGAUCCACCAACUCUUCAAUCUGUUCCGUUGGUAAAUGAAUUUCCUGAUGUAUUUCCUGAAGAUCUUCCAGGUUUGCCUCCAGAACGAGAAGGUGCUAAGUGCUUUUCAAAAAUUGACUUGAGGUCGGGUUAUCACCAAGUGAGGGUCAGAGAUCAAGAUAUACCCGAGACGUCUUUUCGAACACGGUAUGGUCAUUUCGAGUUUUUAGUUAUGUCAUUCGGGCUAACAAAUGCACCUGCAGCUUUUAUGGAUUUGAUGAAUAGGGUGUUCAAGCCAUUUUUUGAUGUGUUCGUGAUAGUAUUUAUAGAUGACAUUAUGGUGUAUUCAAGAUCUGAAGAGGACCAUGUUAAUCAUUUGCGGCAGGUGCUACAGAUUCUUCGUGAUCGAAAGUUGUACGCAAAGUUCUCUAAAUGUGAGUUUUGGUUAAGAUCUGUGGCAUUUUUGGGUCAUAUUGUAUCUGAUGAAGGAGUAAGGGUUGAUACUCAAAAGAUAAAAGUUGUGAAGAACUGGCCAAGACCUACAACACCUACGGAGGUUCGUAGUUUCCUUGGGCUGGCAGGUUAUUAUAGAAAGUUUGUUGAAGGAUUUGCUUCUAUUUCUGCACCAUUAACAAAACUAACACAAAAAGAAGUCAAGUUCCAGUGGAGUGAUGCAUGUGAAAGAAGCUUCCAAGAACUGAAGAAUAAAUUGACUUCUACACCUAUAUUGGUACUUCCAGAAGGCAUGGAAGGGCACGUAGUGUAUUGUGAUGCAUCGGGAGUGGGCUUAGGAUGUGUGUUGAUGCAGCAUGGUAAGGUGAUAGCUUAUGCCUCAAGGCAGUUGCGGUCACAUGAGAAAAACUAUCCAACCCAUGAUCUAGAGCUAGCAGCAGUUGUCUUGGGGGUUCGCCUUCUUGAAUCUCCAGAUGAAGGAGUUAUUGUGCAAAAUGCUGCAGAAUCAUCAUUUGUAGCGGAGGUGAAAGAGAAGCAGUACACGGAUCCUAUCCUAUUACAGCUUAAGGAGAAUGUACAACAAGUUAAAGUAGAGCACCAGAAGCCUGGAGGUUAUAUGCAGCGUAUAGAACUUCCAAUUUGGAAGUGGGAUAUGAUUAAUAUGGAUUUUGUCACUGGUUUUCCUCGCUCAUUUCGGAAGUUUGAUUCCAUAUGGGUGAUAGUUGAUAGACUCACCAAAGCAGCGCACUUCUUACCGGUCAAGACUACUUAUACAGUUGAAGAGUAUGCAAAGUUGUAUAUUAAAGAGAUAGUUCGGCUACAUGGAGUGCCAAUCUCUAUUAUAUCUGAUAGAGGAGCUCAAUUCACCGCGAACUCUUGGAAGUCAUUUCAGAAGAGUUUGGGAACGCAAGUGAAUUUAAGCACAGCCUUUCACCCUCAAACGGAUGGUCAGGCAGAACGUACAAGCCAAACACUUGAGGAUAUCUAUCAUUCAAGUAUCAGAAUGGCACCUUAUGAAGCGUUAUAUGGGAGAAAGUGCAGGUCACCGAUCGGAUGGUUUGAAGCGGGCGAAACUGCCUCAUUUGGGCCAGAUCUUGUUCAUCAAGCUAUGGAAAAAGUUAAGGUGAUACAACAACGAAUAGCAACAGCUCAAAGCCGACAUAAAUCAUAUGCAGAUAAUAGAAGGAGAGGACUGGAAUUUUUCAUAGGAUAUUGGGUAUUUUUGAAGGUAUCCCCAAUGAAAGGGGUAAUGAGAUUUGGUAAAAAGAGGAAGCUGAGUCCGCGCUAUACAGGGCCAUAUAAAACUAUUCGAAGAGUUGGUCAAGUCGCGUAUGAGUUAGAGCUACCUCAAGAGCUCUCAACAGUCCAUCCAGUAUUUUAUGUCUCAAUGCUUCAAAAAUGUAUAGGCGACCCAUCUCGUAUCACUCCUACAGAAGAUGUACACGUUACAGAAGAUCUCACUUACGAAGAAGUACCCAUCGCAAUUUUGGAUCGACAAGUUAAGAAACUAAGAAAUAAAGAAGUAGCUUCUGUAAAAGUACUAUGGAUAAACCAACAAGUUGAAGAAGUUACAUGGGAGGCGGAAGAAGAAAUGAAGUCCAAAUAUCCUCAUUUAUUUCAAUCCGAGGAGAAGGGUCAAAGUCCUGAGCUGAGACACUAA